AUGUCAACGCGCGCGAACACACGCAAACGGGCGCGGACGGGCUCAAUCUCCGCGACCAACAACGAUGGUGGAGCACACAACCCUGUGGAACCAGAAUUUGUUGCGAGGAAGCGUGACGAAGAAUUCUGGUACCCCGACGGAAGCAUCAUCCUCGUCGCAGGCGACAUCGAAUUUCGCGUAUACAAAGGAAUCCUCGCGAAGCACUCGCCCGUGUUCGAGGACAUGUUCUCUUUGCCGCAACCCUCCGACCCCACAUCCUCUGCCUCCUCGGCACAAGAAGUCUGCCCGGUGGUCCAUUUGUCGGACUCCCCGGAAGAUCUGCGGCACGUCCUGCGCGCCUACAUGCCUACAGGCGGUCCCAGCGUAUUCUUCUCCAAAGAACCCCCUGGGUACUCGUACGACGCGAUUUCCGCAGCGGUCCGGCUCGGCCACAAAUACCAGAUGUCGGAUUUGCUCGACAACGCCCUCGACUAUCUCAAGGCGUACUACCCAAUCGACUUCGACAAAUGGUACGCGUACAAAAAAUACGGCCCGCCCAGUUUCACUAUGGCGCACCACAUCGGCCUCGUCAACCUGGCGCGCCUCGUAGACGACGCGGAGCUGCUCAUCAUGGCGCUCCUCGUGUGCUGCACCAUCGACGAUACCGACAUCAUUCACGGGUUCGAGCGCGAGGACGGCUCGCGCGAGCAGCUCGCGCUCGGCGACAUCGGACUCUGCUACAUCGCGAGGGCCCGGCUCACCGCGGUGUCCGUCCAGAUCAUGCUCCGCAUCUGCCACCCGGAGGUGGCGGAUGCGUGCAAGACGGAGCGGGCCUGCUCGCUGGGCUUCGAGAGCGUGCUCAUCGCCCUCGAAGCUAUCGACGAUCCCUCCGUUAUCACAAAUCCCGACCCAGGCUUUGAUGCGAUUGGGUUUGACGAUGCGUUCCGUGCCGCAGGGGUGUGCGCGCAGUGCAAGGAGAUGGUGAAGGAGCGCAAUCUGCGCGAGAGGAAAGCGGCGUGGGAGAAACUGCCCGAGAUAUUUGGGAUCGAGUUGCCGAAGGCCGCCGACGAAGGGCAGGCUGCUGGGAAUGCCACUCCUCCAUGA